UAAGAGCAGAUGAUAGGAGGAUAAUAGGACAGUAAACUUAGGAUCGAACAAUGUCGCUGAACUGUACUCAGAGGCUGGACAUAUAGCCGCCGUGGUGACUACCUGCCGUGAUUUGACCGAUAUUCAUCCUUUUUGAUAUUAUUCACCCAAGGUACACAUACAAAGAGGGGGAUUUCGUUGUGACUGAUGAAAUGAAGGCGGACUUUGGACGAGAUGGAUUCAUUAUGGUCAAGAAUUUAUUUUCGAACGAAGAAAUAAAGCAUAUAGAAGAGGCUCUUCAUACAGGGACCUUCACUGAUUAUACAUUGGGAAUUUCCGACGGAGAUGGUCGGGAAGCACAUAUGAUUUUGUGGAACCAUCCGGGUGUAGACGUUACUGGAAUGGUUGCCAGGUGUGAAAAAGUUGCCGGCACCUGCGAGCAGUUAAUGGGUGGUGAAGUUUACCACUACCAUACCAAACUGAUGAAGAAACCUGCAAAGAUUGGCGGAAAACACGUUUGGCACCAAGACUAUGGGUAUUGGUAUCAGAAUGGGUGUUUAUUCCCUAACAUGAUGACAGUGUUUAUUGCCGUUGACAAAUGUACAAAGGAAAACAGCUGUCUUCAGAUUAUGAAAGGAUCAAAUAGAUGCGGGCGUAUUGAGCAUUUAAUGGUCGGUGGACAGACCGGAGCGGAUAUGGAACGUGUUGAGGCGCUCACUAAAGUCUGUCCACAUGAAUAUGUUGAAAUGGAGUCAGGGGACGCACUAUUUUUUCAUUGUAAUUUACUACACUGUAGCGGGGCAAACACAAGCGGGCUCAGGCGGUGGGCAUUCCUGUGUGCUUAUAACAGAGCGGACAAUAACCCAGUUAAAGAACAUCACCAUCCGAGAUAUACUCCACUUCAAAAAGUUCCGAAUUCGGCAGUAUUGGAGUGCAAAGAUUUCACCACAAUGGAAGGGAAGUGGUUUUUAGACCCGUCCGAAGAGAAAGACGCUACCGUUAAAUCCCGCAAACUCACGCAUGAAGAACAAUGAUAUUGCGUUCUUGCUGAUAAAUGUUCUACCUGCCUUCGAUUCUUUUCUGGAAUUAGACUAAUCCCUACUAAAUUACGCAAAAUAGUGUUGUGCAAUGGUUACAUAUGGAUGAAAAUGGCUUAUUAAAACAGUUUAAACUAUGCAAUGGCUUAUUGCCACUGACUGUUCCAAGUGUUGUGUAUCGUUUAAAUACAUGGCCACCAUUAGGCGAGGCUAGCUUUCCAUAUACCGGAUAUGACUAUGUGGAAAACCUUUGAAAAUCUCCGCCUUUAAAACCGCUGGUUCGAUUUCAAAAUAAUGUGACAGCAAUGUUCCUUACGUAUUCCUCUGCCAAGUGCUUACAGUUCAUUCUUGAACAAACACGGCCGCCAGUGGAUGGGGAGGGGUAGUUUUGAACUUCCGUUUGUUUCUCUACUAAUGUCUGCCAGGGCCAGGGUAGUUUUCUCUUUAUUAUAAUAAGGAAAAUUUUGAUGAAAAUCUUCCGCUCUGAAGUAGAUGGUUUGAUGCCAGCAGUGUUCCAUGGGUGUCCCUCAACCGAAUUCUGUCAAAUUAUAAUGUUAAUAUAUGGAUGGGCCGACGGCAAUCAUCAUUCGUCCAUUCUCUACAAAUUAACCUUCUCCUAUGAAACUACUGGUCAAAUUAAUCCCAAACUCGGUCUGUAAUAAAGUCUUGUCAAGUGUGUUCCGCUUAACUCUUUGUAGGGACUGCUAGAGUUAAAGAUAGAAAUAAAUGAAAACAGUUUCUUCUUAUGAACCUCCUCAUCAGACUUUGUCUCAGCAUCAUUGUAAGGUCAUUUCUCAAAUUGGUUCAUGAUCAAAUGUUGGCACCCAGCCCUUUUUUAAGGUUAGAUAGAGCUAGAAAUGGAAAUAACUUUUACCGCAUAAAACCUUUUUUCAUUGGAUCUGCACAUAUAUUAACGGGAGAAAAAGUCGUACAUUAUCAAGGCGAUUCCCGUGAUGUAAAUACUAGUACAUGAUUUUUGUUUUUUAAAUGCUUUGUCAGGAACGAACGGAUAGCCUUGCGCAGAUGGAAAUCUGGUAUCUUUGUCUUGUUUCUUCAAUAAUAGCCUCUUUUUGUAGAAUUAAAGAUGCAGUAUAAUCCAAAGUAUGUUUUGCUGUAUCAGUAACCAACUCCAAACGCACUGCCUCCAACAAUGUGCUUACCCCAUCUGUUUACAACCGUUUUUUCGAACUCGGCGUCGGUUCAAUUUUAAGUCGGUUUUCAAUGUAUAAGAAUCGCAUGUAACUUGUACGAUUGUUUGUUUUUGGGAAUCAUAUUAAUGAUUUUUGGAAGUAUAUCAGUCGGUAUUUUUUAUCAAAUUUCUCACAUAAUUCAUAUUAAUCUUGAAAGCUUGUCGCUACGUCCGUACUCGAAAUUUGUUCAUAUUAAAUAUAACUCUUGAAGUUGUGUUCCUGUUUACCAAUCUGUUUAGUUUUAUGCAAAGUUGUGGGUAAUGUCAUAUUUGUAAUGACGAGAAAUAAAAAAAAAUAUCGUUUAAAAACCACCAAAA